UACUCUUAUUAGAUGUAGGAAUGUAUGGACUGUGUUGCUGAAGCUUUGAUGGUCCGUAUUGUAGGUUGGACAUUGGAUAUAGGAAUUGCGGAAAGCGGGAGAAUGAGAAUGGAGACGUCAUAGCAAUGAAUCAGCCCUGAUAAACUGAGAAAUAAACACCUACUUGCCUUUGCAGGGUAAUAUAUGUGGACGCAGAUUCUCAAGAUCUUGUAUAGACGCUACCCACACAAGAUCAUGUUAGAAUCGGUUGAUGAACGGGCUUUGGAUGCCGGUGAAGUAGAUCAUGAGCGCAGUAUCGAGGUGCUGAAGAAGAUGGGUAAGGACGAAGAAGGGUUUACGUCGUUGGAGGAUAGCCUUGUCAAAGCUCUAGAUGCUAUUCUGGGGAAUCAGCCCAAGAAUGUGCCCAAGACGCGGAUAGAUCUUUAUUACGAGUCCCCCGCUAGAGACUUAACUGACUAGAUACUCGUCAUGUAUCUUAUGGUCCAAGCCCUAGCUAUCAAUAAUCGAUAUUGAAAAUUUAUACGAGGAUAUGUCUUGAAUGUGACG